ACUUCUGUGGAGAACACUCUCGACUCUUGAGGUCUGAACUCUACUAACUCGCUCUCUCAGAAGAAAGGGAACACUCUAAUAUCCAUCAUGGGUCUCUUGGACAAGCUUUGGGACGACACAGUCGCCGGACCUCGGCCGGAUAACGGUCUUGGCAAGCUCCGGAAAGACUCUACCUUCAGUUUCCGAUCUAAUUCCGGGAAGGAGGUGUCGGAGGGAGGGAACGGAAGAUUAUACGGUGAUGAUAGUACAGAGGAAGCGAUGAGGGUUACACGCAGCAUCAUGAUAGUAAAGCCUCCUGGAAAUUAUGGAUCACCGCCGGUUUCACCGGCCGGAUCUACUCCUUCGAUAUCACCAUUUUCCGGAAGUAGGGGAUCGAAACGGUUCCGACGGAGGUCAACAUCGGAUGCGUACGAGAGAGCAGCAAAGGAUGAUGGAGCCAGGAGCCCUCCUUCUCCUUACGAUUUGUGAAUACGAGU